UCAUUGUCGAGUGUGACACGGGCAGGUCAGCACUGCAAGCUUGAAGAUCUCACAGGGGCUUUUUUGGCAAGACAUUCCAAGGAGGAUAACUGCAGAAAGGAUCGACGGAUUGUCAAAGGCUAAUUAUAAAUCGCGCUCCUAGCGGUCGGCCCCAAGAUUACACCUACACACCUUUGGAAGGCGACAGAAACAGAAUCCAGCGAGAUAUUGUGUGCACACGGACUAUGAAAACUUCAGUAUAGUUUUGGCAUUCUCCUACGCAGAGGAACCACAGUCGUGUCAAAACUUCCCAUAAGCGUCAGAGACUACCCUGGUGACGAGACAAAAAUGACAAGUCACAAUCCACCGCGUGUCCUGUUGCUGUUACCGCUAACACUGGUUCCAUUCCUGCUGUACUACACAUCGGGCCUCCUUACUCCUGGUGACAUGUUGCCCUGGAAAAAACUUGAAUACCGCAGAAAUGCUACCAGCUCUCUCCUCGAGCUCAAAGACGCAGACAGUGCCUACAGUGGAAGACUCGAGGGAGUUACCGGUACUGCAAACUCAUCCAUGGAAAAGCCUAAUGCUGGGAAAACAAGGGCAUUACAGAAAUUUAGAUCUUACGCUCAGCACAUACCGAAGGAAGAGGUCGCUCAGAAGAAGUUCCUAGCCGACCAGGCAGCCGUACGGUCCAUACCGACGGAAGCACCUGGAUGGGUCUACAACAAAACAGCCGCGGAUCUAUUCCGGAACACAAUCAUAAGCGACAGUCGCUUUGUGAACGGGAGCUUUCUGGUCACACAGAAAAACGUGAAGACAGUCAUGAAGACCUGGGGCAGGAAAACCAAGAUAAUCAAAGUGCCAUCAGACGUCUUCAAGGGAUUUCCUAAGGAGAGUCCAUUCAAGAACAAACGCUUCAAUACUUGCAGUGUGGUAGGGAACGGAGGGAUACUGACGGGAAGCGGCUGUGGAAAGGAGAUAGACGCCUCUGAGUUUGUGUUCAGGCUCAACAUGGCUACGAUGGACGAGAAAUAUUUGGAGGACAUUGGAAAGAAGACCAAUCUGAUCACUAUUAACCCCUCCAUGAUCAGCUACAGAUACACUUUGGGAAAAAAGGUAAAGACUAUAAAUGUUAAAGCCUUGAUGUCUGACCUGUCAGUAUACGGAGACAGCUACCUCUGGAGCUGGGCCUUUGAGGGUCCCGAUCAGACAAAGAUUGUUUUCAAAGCACAGCAAGCUCUGCAAGCCAACAGCGCCCGGGUUCAGGUUAUCUUCCCAUAUCCAGCUCUAACAGGAUCGUUCAUAUCUUUUUGGAGAAAGAAUGGUGUAAAUGGGAAGAAGGCGACGACAGGACUGCUGCUGGUGGGUUUGGCCACACAGAUGUGCGAAGAGGUGCGCUUGUACGGCUUCUGGCCCUUCCACUCCGACAGGAACAACAGACACCUGACUGAGCAUUACUACGACAAUGCUCUCCCCACCUACGUUCACAGGAUACCUGAUGAGUUCAGGCAACUGCAGCGUCUACACAACACCGGGGUUCUUCGUCUCACCACCCACAGAUGUCAAUGAGUGGAGAAUUUUUAUGAUCAUGUACUAGAAGUUGUUCUUACCUUCAAAAUACAUUCCUUAGCCUGGGUACUAUCCGGAAAGUAGUUCGCACCAAAUUUUGGACGCGGGCGAUGGUUGGUCCCUACACAUUAUUACGAAUGAUGAUGAUUAGCUUUAUUGCUCGACAUUUGUACAUUGUGCAAAGUAUGGCAACGACUGUUACACAAAGUACAAAAUAGGUGUGUAGAAUAAGAUUGAACAUCCUAAUUAAUAUAACAAGAAGGGCUAACACAAGUCUUUGAUAUAGUGUUACAAUCGAGUUGGGCUAAUCAUGAGUUUCAUUACUCUUUCUAAUAGCAAAGCAGUCUUUAAUAAUAAUGAUGGUUAUGGCAGUAAUAACAAUAAUGAUGAUGGUAAUGAUA